AUGUUUUCCUCAUUUAACUCUCGAGAUCGGCUCCGACGCUCUAUGUCUACCCGCUCCAUGCGAAGAACCCGCACAACAACAGAGUCCGACUCCGUUGAUCCAGAACUUGCCAAAGUCCAUGCCGCCGCAGCAGCUUCACGAGCCAUGCGCUCGGGCGAAAGACCUUCUACAGAUUCAAAAACGUCGUAUGAUCGAUUAGGCGGACCGGCUCAUGUCGCAAUCCCAAGAAGACGCCCCAAUUCGAGCUUCGAACAUACAGAUCACAAUAACUCCCGGCGAGCUACACCUACUAUACCUCCGAGAACACCUCGACAGUCUUCAGAAUCAAACGGCUCAGUUCAGACUCACUGUCGCGAGAAUCCAGCUGUAUUGCCAACAAUUACAGAAUUCAAUGGCCUGGAUGGACGUGACAGUUCAGUUCCUUCAUCGUAUCGCCGCCUACGCAAAGCCAAGUCCAUGUUCUCCACCCGACAACGCUUGUCACAGUUAACAAACGGUACACCACCCAUGCCUCAUGGCCAAUCGCCAGGCCCCGAUGUCAGUCCUGGGUUUGCACUGCCUCGAACUUUAAGAAACUCAACGUCUUUUACUCGCGGCAAUCGUCAGGGGACGCGAUUAAUUCGACAUGCCAAGAGCCAGGACGUAGCUAUUCAACUCGCGCGUCGUCAAUAUUUGGACGAAAACAGUGACUGUGAUGCGCAGCCCAGGCGCACGUCAUUUCUUGUUUCCCGCCGCCAGAAGGAGCAUAAGCCAUUUCGAAAGACGUUCCGGACCACGAGUGACGGUGGAGCUGGCGCAAGUCCUUCGUCUGGUCCAUCGAAAUCAAAGCUCUCUCACAGCCAGUCCCGUACGUUUUCCGCUUCUCUCAAGCAAGGCUUUCGACGUGUCUUCGGCUUAUCAAAACCCACUGAACAUGUCUCUGAGCCCCAGCCUAUACCUGCACCUGAAGAUUCGGAAAAUCCUGAAACUAGACAGAGCUUUGAUAUGAACACCACAGACUUGAAAGAAAGUACACAUCAUAGCACUGCAUCAAGCCCAUUGCGUGUUCCAGUCAUUUCUCCAAGCCGCACUAGCAUUUGCACUUCAGAUACCUGCGCCACAGGUUGGCCUCACUCCACGGCAGCAAACACUACAGCAACACGACAGACUGGACAUCGUAAGUCUCUCUCGUUGAUUGAAGAGCAUGGUGAUUUGAACAGAGAGUUGCCUCAAGACCUCUCCCAUGAAAGUCGUCAGUCACCAUCACGGAAAAGGUCGAGCGCUCGCAAUUUCAAUGCCUGGUUGAACACACAAGAUCUGUAUACGGCACUGAUGCAACAAAUUAGUCGCAAUUCUGGUCAGAGUGCAGAAGGAGAAGUCACAAUGGGCAGUGUACCAGAGCACCGAGUCAUUACCGAACACCCUUCGUCCAUUCAGUCACACCGCAGCAAGCGAACUGUUCGGCGAGUCCCUAGUGGCGAGUCUUCGGUAUCUCCGCACUCUUUCGCAACCGCGCGAGGUGAACCGAUGUCACCCCAAAAGCUUCAAAGGCCAAUGGGCUAUGUGCGACCGCUCAAGGUAUUUCGAUAUAUGCCUGGUAAAGGAAACACCAGACCUCCGAGUGCAUUUUCCGACCGGAACUCAAAAUACCCAAUGUAUAUCGUUGGUACAGACUCGGACUCAGACUCGGAUGGAACUGGAAGUGUUAUCAUAGCACGCCCUGGAUCGACGGGAGAACUACCAUCGCCGAGUGUUUACUCGCGAACAGUUAGCGGUGAUACGCCAACAAAAGAAACAGACAAGGGUCUAUCUGGACGAGAUAUCGAAGACGGAGGAACUGCAACUAUAUUUGCCUCCGAGCGGACAGCUUGGAGCUCUCCAGGUCGUCGCUACGAAUCUCAAGCUUCGAGAGCUCCUAGUGCCGAUUGGCAGCAAUGGAUGAGUUCACAGAUUGAAAGGAUCGAAAGGGCGAGCCCUACGAGGGAACACAUUCGAGAGGAUGCUCAGUUUCAGGAUGAAGACGAGAUUUUCACCAACUUGCUUCGGCAAGCACAAGUUCCAGGACUGGUGUUGACUGAGCCUCCGGCGAAUUCAGACGGAGAAUGUUUUCACUCAAACUCAACAUCUGAUUUCCAGCUGUUGCCGCAAAACAACUUCUCUCGCCCAUUCAGUCGAUCAUCCAGUGUACGAACUAUUUUGUCUUCUCAGAAGGUCGAUGUUGAAGAGCCAAUCAAGGUUUUCCCUAAGGAUCCUGAGAAAGAUGCAAUCGACAGCUAUUCUCAGCCCAUUCCAUCUUGGUCGAGUCGGAUUCCCGCGUCACCAUUGUCGCCGAUGCGCCUCCGUAACAGCAACAUGCUCCAAAUUCCUGAGUCACCUACCCCUCCGCAGAGAAAUGGAGCUGGACUAUUGAAGCGAACAUGGACGCAGGAGCAGUACCGACGCUAUUCUGCUCGACGGCCACUGAAUGCGAAUCCUGGCUCACUCCGGUCGAUAAGAUCCCAGCGAGCAUAUCAAGGCUUGAACAACGAGAAUAUAAGGCAGGAACGGGAACAUGACGACUUGAUGGGUGAAUACCAUAAACUGCAAGACAUUAAUUCCACCGUGUCCAGCAAACGAAUGGUGGAUAUGUUUUUGGAUAGUCGUCGCCGUCAGAUGGGAAUGGACGAGGCAGACGACGAGAGCAACAAUGCCAAUGAAGCGUUUAUUUGA